AUUUGUGCAACACUUACAGUUCGUUUCGAAAUUUAUUGUUCAUAAAAAAAAAUUUAAUAAGUUUUUAUAACUAUAUCUUUUGAUAAUAUUUUCAUAUUUUUAGAACGAAAUUUCCUGCAGUUUUUUAAGAUGAGCGGAGACGGUUACAAAACUAAGGCUGUAAUUGAUAUCUCUGAAGAGGUGCUGCCAAAGCAAUAUUUCACUGAAACAAUUGAUAAUACUCUUUUUAUUGUCGAGCAAAGGGAUAUCCGAACUAUCACAACAACGCGCCACGUACGUUACAAAAUUGCCACGGAUAACGUGUUGCAUGGAAGAGAAUAUCCGCCUAGUAGUGGCAUUGAGGAGUCUGUGCAAAAACAUUUUAGUGUAACUGAAACAUUAAGCAUACCUGAAAAUAUUAAAACUAAUAGCUUAUUGGUGCCAAGGAUCACAUUUAAUGUAGUAGAUGAUGGACCAAACUAUGAUGCAGCACUGCCUGAUGAUGUAGUGGAUCAUCUCAUUCCCUUCUUAAAAAAAAACAGCAAUCGAGCAAAAAACAAGCACCGUGAAAAGGCAAAGUUGGAUCAGGAAAUAGCUACGGGGGAAAUAUAUGAAGAGAACGACAUUGAAGUUGAACAAAACCCGAAAGAACUUGAUCGUCACACUCCAGAAAAAUGCUUAAGCUUACCAAAAGUUAGUGCACAAGUAAACAACUUUAGUAUAAAUAAUGUAUUUAGCACAAUUCAUGAGGAAGAUACAGAGCAGUUGGAAUAUCCCAACGAACCAGUAGUCCUUGCAACAAAAAGCAUUCGUAAAAAAUAUUGCAAAAAGAAAGUACUAACAGCAGAAGACGUAAAUGAGUGCAUUUCACAAUAUGUAGACAGAACUCCUCAAUCGAAAGUGGAAGUCAUUAACGAGAAACCUCAAAUUGCUAAAAAGAAAUCAACCUUUUCCAAAGUAGGGGACUCACCAAACGAGGAGAGAGUAGAAAAGUAUUCGCUUACCAAACAUAAGCGCGGUAUGACACACCAUUGUGCAACACAAACAAAUGCACAAGAAAUGGACCAAGAAGAACUCGUAAGCUACCUUGCGAAGAAAAGUUUUCCAAACUUUAAUAUUGAAGAUAUUGAUCAUAUCUGUGAAUCGGUGCUCAAAACCGUUAUCGCAGUUCACGAACAAAUCAAAAAGCAUAAAUCGCACUAAAUUUCCUUUUUCACGUCAAAACAUUAUAACAAACAAUAAUCCUCACAUACACAUCAAAAUCGAUUUUAAUCACAAUAACUUUCCAGUCGAAAAAUUUGAAUGUGAUUUUAUUUAAAUUUGAAGAAACUACCUUGCAUCUAAGUUUAAAGUGCAGCCCAUCAGUUCGGCAGUUUUCCAGAAGUCACGAGAUAUAAAUUUUGCAAGUACCAUGGAACGUCUUCCAAUAUGUGAACUCCGUCAAAAUUAUUUAGAAAUUAACAACCCUUACUAAACGCUGUCGGUUAUCGACAACGUCUGUGGAUUUAUUUAUCAAUGAUUCAGGAGUAUAGAUCAGAUACAGAUUACGACACCGCAACUUUUUGUAGAAUUAAGUCAUUGGAUUCAUAUUCUACAUAUAGAACAUUUUAUAUCCUCAGUCGGCGAAUUACACAAACAAUGUGGGGUCUAGUGGAUUACAAAACCAUCCGGUUUUUGUGAUUCAUAUUAUACUAAUAGUUAUUAGCUACUUAAGUUUUGAAAGUCGUCCAAAGUGAUAUAAUCUAUCGAAAGCGAUACUUUGACUGCUGGUGUCUGGUAAAGGAAGAUGUUAUUUCGCAAAUUAAAUGUCUCAUGUCAACUGCAGAGGCUUCAAAAAAUAUAUAUCUAGACAUUUUUUGAUUUGGGAAGUUAAAGAUUUAUGUUAUACUUUGGACAGUUCAAACUCAGCCUGUUGUAAUAUAUGUAACCUACAAGCAAUAAUACAAAAUUAAAGCCAUCUAAA